UAUUGGAUAAGAGAAGAGAGGGGGCGGGCGUUGCGCGCGGCACGUCGGGAGCGCGUGGUGUUCUGGGAGCGCGGGUCUGCCAUUCGCUCGCCUCAUCCCUUCGUGCUUCCCCGCGUUGCUGCUUCACACCUCGGAGGCCGGAGCCGAACUCUCUUCUUGCCAAGAUGUCCAUUGGUGUGCCGAUAAAAGUUCUCCAUGAGGCUGAGGGCCACAUCGUGACUUGUGAGACAAACACUGGAGAGGUAUACCGUGGGAAACUCAUCGAGGCAGAGGACAACAUGAACUGCCAGAUGUCCAACAUCACCGUCACAUACAGAGAUGGCCGUGUAGCACAACUGGAGCAGGUGUACAUUCGUGGCAGCAAGAUUCGGUUUUUGAUUUUGCCUGACAUGCUGAAAAAUGCACCUAUGUUAAAGAGCAUGAAAAAUAAAAACCAAGGCUCGGGGGCUGGCCGGGGAAAGGCUGCUAUUCUGAAGGCCCAAGUGGCUGCAAGAGGAAGAGGACGUGGAAUGGGACGUGGAAACAUCUUCCAGAAGCGAAGAUAAAUUUAUCUGUUGAGCUAAACUUUGAUCGUAUUUUUUCUUUUAGGUUAUAUGGGUUUUGUAUAUGUACAUACAAAACUGUGUAUAUGUUCUGUUUUCUUUUAACAUCUUUCUCUUUAGGCCAGGGGGAACGUUAAACUAAAUAAACAUGGUUGUGUUUUUUCUUUUUGAGAAAAUAAGAA